AUGCCGAAUUAUGAGAGAUGGUAUGAGCAUGGGAAGUCACAGGAGCAAGAGCCAUACAAUCUAGUUGAUAGCUUUGAGGAAAAUGAAGAUAGGAUGGAUGCAAUGAUGGAUGAUUUUGUCCAACAGGUUGAGAAUGCUGCUGAGAGAGUAUGUCCUCCAGGUCGAUUGCCUAUUCCUGGAGAUGAAGGUUACGAUGAAUGUGAGCUUGAUCGUACUGUUCCUGAAGCAUUUCACGAAGAUGAGUGUAAUGGAACCUUUGAAGUUGAUAUUGGGAUGGCACUUGACAGAUUAGAUGGUGAUACCGGUGAUCUAAUAGUUUCUGAGGAUGAGAUUAUUUGUGCACUCUCUGAAGGGGAAGGGAAAGAAGGAUGUAUCCUCGUCUUCAAGGAGUCGGGAAAGAAGAAUGAUGGCUCCGCAUCUUCGGAUAGGCCUUCUCUCUUUAGAGGCAGCAGUUCUCAUCUGAGCCGAAGAAGUGCACUUCAGCGAUGUCUAGACGAGGCUGUGCAAGAAGGUAGGGGUGCGGAUGAGGAAGAAUAUGUCGCGAAUGUGGAUGGCGAUGGAGAUGGAGGUAGUGGAGAGGGAGAUGGGUGCGAGGACAGAGAAGAGUGCGAGGAUGGAGAUGGAGAUGCAGAGGAGGAGGAAGAGGAGGAUGAAGAGGAGGAUACUGCUGCACAACCUGUGUUCAGGUACUUAUGA